GUUAAUUAUUCACAACUCAGAGGGAUUUUCCCGCGUUCCAAGCUCGUCAGGGGAAUCCUGGUUCGGAACCGGGAGCGCCUGCGCAGUCGGGAGCGUUUCGUUGCAAGCAGCAGCCCAGCGGGACCCGCCGAAGCGAUGCGGCCGCGUUGGGGGCUCCUCUGGCUUCUCGGGGCCGCCGCUUCCUUCCUUCUGGAGGGCAGCCGCGGCUCCUCCCCCCGCAUCAUCCGUGUGAGCUACUCUUCUGCGACUGAGGUUUGUCCGGGACUGCCACUCUUCUCCGCCGAGGGUUAUGUGGACGAUCAGCUCAUCACUCGCUACGAAAGCCACACCAAGAAGAUGCAUCCUCGGGUACACUGGAUAAAUACACUGGAGAAGGACGAUCCCAAAUUCUACAACACGUACAUCCGGAUUUUGCAAAAAGACCAAGAGGACUUUCAGGAGAAUGUGCAGAUGCUCCAGAAACGCUAUAACCAAAGUGGAGGGUUUCACAUUGUCCAGAUGAUGAUCUCCUGUGAAAUACGGGAAGACGGGAAAAGGAGCGGUCGCUGGAAAUACGGCUACGACGGGCGGAAUUUCCUCGAGUACGACAUGGAGACUGCCAUCUGGACCACAGCCGACAAGGAAGCUCAGGGAAUCAAGCGGAAAUGGGAGAGUGAAACGGCCAUCAAGCAGCGCUUCACGGGCUACCUGGAGAGCACCUGCCAGGAGUGGCUGCAGAAGAAUGACCACUACAGAUCGAAGUCGUUCUUGAGGAAAGAGCGUCCAGUGGUGGUGAUGAGCAGCAGGACGGAGGCCGAGGAUGGGAUGGAGACGCACGUCUGCCGAAUCCAUGGCUUCCACCCCAAGGAGAUCGAUGCCUCCUGGAGGAGGGAUGGGGAGGUCUGGGAAGAGGAAACCUUCCGUGGGUUUCUGGCCCCCAAUGCAGAUGGGACCUACUACUACUGGAUCAGCAUCCAGAUCGAUCCCAAAGAGAGGGACCGCUAUCGUUGCCACAUGGAGCAUGACAGCCUGCCGGAGCCUCUGGACUUGGAACUGAAGGUUCCAGAAUCCAGUUUUAACCUGUGGCUUAUCAUCGGCGGUGUUGUGGGUGUCGUUGCGGCAUGUGGAGUUGCUGGGAUCUUCCUAUUUCUCAAAUUCAAGAAAAGAGAUGAGGAGCCAAGGAAUGAAACUACUCGAUUCAGGAAAGGAGAUGAUGAGCCAAGGAAUGACCCUUCUUGUGAACGUUCACUUAUGACCAGUUGCUGAGCAACCGUUUGAAGACUGAAGUGAAGUGAGAUGGAAGCACAGGAAACGUUCCCACAUGGCUCUUCGUUCGUGUCAAGAUGAUGAUUUCCUAGCUGUGUAUGAGCCAUUCGGAGUCCAAUUGAAUUGAUGAAAUGUUUGCAAAUAUAUUCAGGUGCUUGUAGGCUUUUUAACUGCUAGGAUAUUUAGCAAGUAGCAAAAGUUAGGCCGAGUUCACCACAGUGUGGUAAACAAAAUAAGCCUGUGUCCACGUAGCUGCUGCAUCAGAAGAAAUAUAUAGUUUAAGAUGAAGGCCUGCUUGAUACAGCAAGUUUAAAACGAAUAGCCGAGUUGGUUAAGGCACUUGGCAAACACAAUUUAAGCUUAAUUUAGCAAAAUCUGUGAAGUGAGUCUUAAGGUUUGAGACCUUGACAAAGUGGUGACAACUGAAGAAAAGUUAGGAGGAGCUUCUGGCCUGGGAUAUGAAUCCAUUCUGGUUGCCUCCAACUCUUGCAUUUAGAAUGGUGUUUUUUAGUCUUGGAACUUUAAGAUGUGUGGACUUCAUCUCCCAGAAUCCCCCAGGACAGAUUCUUGCCCAGGUUAAACAAAAAAAUGAUGCUUUAGAGCAGGGCAGUGGUGAAAUCCAAAUUUGUUUACUACUGGUUCUGUUGGCCUGGCUUGGUGGGCGUGUCUUGGUGGGCAUGGCAGGGGAAGGAUACUGCAAAAUCUCCAUUCCCGCCCAUUCCAGCAGGAAGGAUAUUGCAAAAACUCCAUUCCCACCCCACUCCUGGGGGAAGGAUAUUGCAGAAUCUCCAUUCCCUCCCCACUCCUGGGGGAAGGAUAUUGCAAAAUCUCCAUUCCCACCCCACUCCUGGGGAGGAUACUGCAAAAUCCCCAUUCUCUCCCCACUCCUGGGGGAAGGGUAUUGCAAAAUCUCCAUUCCCACCCCGCUCCUGGGGGAGGAUACUGCAAAAUCCCCAUUCUCUCCCCACUCCUGGGGGAAGGUUAGUGCAAAAUCCCCAUUUCUUCCCCACUUCUGGGGGAAGGAUAUUGCAAAAUCUCCAUUCCCACCCCACUCUUGGGGCCAGCCAGAGGUGGUAUUUGCCGGUGAGCUGCUCAAAUUUUCCGCUACCGGUUCUCCAGAACCUGCUGGAUUUCACCCCUGGAGCAGGGGUGAGAGACUAUGGCCCCUUUAUUACUUGUGGACUUCCCCUCCCAGAAUUCCUGAAUCGGCGUGGACCUCCCCAGGGUACGUACAAUCUGCUUCAAAAAUUCUGAGGGCUGGCCACCUCCCCUACCUCCCCCACCUCCCCAGGGCAUUUAUGCCUGCUCGCAGCUUCCUGCAGCCGCGUGACUGCAUUUUACAAUGUGGCAAGAUCCCAUCUGGGUCAGUCACCUUCACGUCAAGAUUAAUGACUUCCUGGCUCUAACUGAUCUAUUCCGGACUGCAAUUGAAUUGAUGAAAUGUUUGCAAGUGUUACUUGGAUGACUGUAAGCUUUUUAACUGCUUGGAUGUUUAGCAAAACGUAGGCCGAGUUCAACACAGUGUGGUAAACCCAACAAGGCUAACGACAAUUUAGGUCGGUCAUGUUUAUGGUAAGAUGACUUCCUGGUUGGCUCAGGAAUUCUGGGAGUUCUAGUCCGCCAGUCAUAAAGGAGCCAUGGUCCCCCCCACCCUUCUUUGAGAGGACGAAGGGGGUCAUAUUGGCCAUCGACUUCAGGGUAAACCACAAGUGCCUCUGGAGCCUCAUUCUUGCCGCUUCUCCAUUGGGGAUUCUGAUUGUGUGGAGACAAGAGGGGCACCUCCGAAAUAUUGGGAAAAUGUUAUGGGCACAGCCCCAAAAUUCAGACACCUUCCUUUGAAAGAAUUCACUGAUAACUGACAAUGUUCCUAAGAAUCUUAAUAUAUAUUAAUGGAAAUGUGAUCUAUCUUGCACUGCACCCUAGCAAUACACUGAAUUCUUUUCUGGCUUUUCUCUUUAAAUUUACCUUUUAGAUCAUCCUCGCUUCACCAAAUGCCAUCAUGUAGGCUGGUGACCCCCAGGGGGAGAGCCUUCUCUGUGGGGGCACCUACCCUCUGGAAUCAGUUGCCCCCAGAGAUAAGGAGAAUCCAAGACCUCAGUGCCUUCCGCCGUGCCCUUAAAACCCACUUUUUCCAGUAAACCGGGCUGGCUUAGGAAGAAAUUUUUAAAUUUUUUAAAUGUUUUAAUUGGUUUGGUUUUUUAAAUUUUUGGGCCAAAUUUAUAUAUAUUUUAAUUGUUUUUAAUAUUUGUAUUUCAUGUUUUUAAUUCUGGCUGUGCACCGCCCUGAGUCCUCAGGGAGAAGGGCGGUAUAUAAAUUGGGGAAGAAAAAAAAAAUAUAUUAUAGAUUGCUUCUGCAUUCUCUCCCACCCAGUGGUGAAAUGUAAAAUUUGUUACUACCGGUUCUGUGGGCGUGGCUUGGCGGGGAUAAUAUGACUGAGUGGGCGUGGCCAUUUUUUUUUUUAACUUUUAAAACCAUUUUUUCUACAACUUCUUCGGCUGAAGAGGUUGUAAAAAAAUGCUUUUAAAGCCUCUGACGAUCCCGAUUAGGCAAGCUGACUUGCCUAAUCGGCAGAGGCUUUCUUUUCUUUUUUUUAAAAGCCUCUGAUGAUCCCAGUUGAGCCGCGCAAUCAUCAGAGGCUUUUUUUUUUUUUACUUUUAAAACCAUUUUUUCGUCCAGAGGUUGUAGAAAAAAUGCUUUUAAAAAUAAUUUUAAAAAAAAGCCUCUGAUGAUUGCGCGGCUCAGCUGGGCAAUGGGGAGUGGGGGGGGGCAGGGAUUUUUGCUACCGGUUCUCCGAACUGCCCGCCUCCAUCGCUACCGGAUCGGGCGAUCUGGUCCGAACAGGGAGCAUUUCACCCCUGCCCCCACCCCACCCCAUUGGCCCAGCCCCAGUUCCUCCCUGCUACUCUCCAACCCUAUUUGGAUGAUACUAUGAUUAGUUACGAAAUGUGAAUAACACCAAGCGACUCUAGUACAGGUACUCCUCGACUUACGACCACAACUGAGCCCAAAAUUUUCAUUGCUAAGCGAGGCAGUUCAGUGAAUGUUGCCUUAUUUUAACAAUCUUUCUUGCCAGAAUCAUUAAAUGACUCACUGCAGUUAAGUCAGUAACAUGAUUGUUAAGUGAAUCUGUCUUCCACAUUGACUUUACUUGUCAGAAAGCCACAAAAGGGGAUCAAAUGACCCCGGGACACUGCAACUGUCAUAAAUAUGAGUCAGUUGCCAGCAUCUGAAUUUUGAUCACAUGACCAUGGGGAUGCUUCAAUGGUUGUAACUGAAAAACGGUUGUAAGUUCUUUUAUUCAGUGCUGUUGUAACUUAGAAUGGUCACUAAACAAAUGAUUGUAAGUAGAGGACUACCUGUAUUUUAGAGCCCCAAAGACUGAUAAGCUCAGGACUGUCUCGGUAUUUAAACAAUAUCGAGAAAAUAAAUUUAUGGCCCUUUUCAGUGAAAGGAAAAUCUGUCUUGCCACCUCUGAGCCGACUGCGUAUAUUUAGGCAGUCUGUAGUUUGUAUGAAUAAGUGCAAUGAAAUAUGGGACUCAACGCCGUGGGUUUAAAAAAUAGUUCUAUAAAAGUGUCCAGAUACAUUUCUCUUGAAUAAUUUUGCACUACAGAAUGUCAUUAGGAAAUGACACACUUUUCCCUUUGCAAGUAUAUGUAGAAUUAUAACGUGUGACAUAUUUUAUUUAUUGAUUUUUGUUCCAGCUCUUUUUAUUUACAUUUUUUUUCCUUCUCUUCCACAAUAUAUGCACCACUGUUGCUAUUGUUUUUGUGUUUUGUUGUUUAUUUUAUGAAAAUAAAAAGUGCACACUGCCAA